AUUUAGUUUUAUCUUCCGCGUCGGCCUCCAUUUUCCUAUCUGCGCAUCUCUCUCCGGCUUCCCCGUCUCAGAUCUCCAGCUCGACGGGCAGUCGCAGUUUCUCACUGCAGUGAUCGGAGUGGAGAGUGUUCGCUUCACUUCAUCGGUGCUCGAUUUCCGUUGACCAUUAAGAACUAGAGAAAUCUUAAGGGAUCAUUGAAUCAUGAGUUGCUUCAGCUGUUGCGAAGAAGAUGAAAUACAUAAAGCUGCUGAUAACGGAGGGCAAUACACUGUUAAAAAUGCAACAGGAAGUGAUGGAAACUAUCAUACUUCAGAAACUACAUCUAGAAGUGCUCAAGCUGUGAAAAUUCAGCCCAUUGAAGUCCCAGAAAUUCCAGCAGAUGAACUAAAGGAAAUUACUGAUAACUUUGACACGAAAUCUUUGAUUGGGGAGGGGUCAUAUGGUAGAGUUUAUUAUGGAGUUCUUAAGAGUGGGCAGGCUGCAGCAAUCAAGAAGUUGGAUGCUAGCAAACAACCUGAUGAUGAAUUUUUAGCCCAGGUUUCUAUGGUGUCAAGGCUGAAGCACGAAAACUUUGUUCAAUUGCUUGGUUACUGUGUGGAUGGGAGCUCUCGUAUACUUACCUAUGAAUUUGCAUCUAAUGGAUCGCUUCAUGAUAUUCUUCAUGGAAGGAAAGGUGUGAAGGGAGCACAGCCUGGGCCUGUUCUUUCAUGGGUGCAACGAGUAAAAAUUGCUGUAGGAGCUGCAAAAGGGCUUGAGUACUUACAUGAAAAGGCUGACCCACACAUCAUUCAUCGUGACAUUAAGUCCAGCAAUGUAUUGAUAUUCGACGAUGAUGUGGCAAAGAUUGCUGAUUUUGAUUUGUCUAAUCAAGCUCCCGAUAUGGCAGCACGUCUUCAUUCCACUCGUGUUCUUGGAACUUUUGGUUAUCAUGCUCCUGAAUAUGCAAUGACUGGGCAGUUAAAUGCCAAGAGUGAUGUUUAUAGCUUUGGCGUUGUCCUGCUUGAGCUUCUGACAGGGAGAAAACCUGUUGAUCAUACAUUACCUCGUGGACAGCAAAGUCUAGUUACAUGGGCUACGCCGAAACUCAGUGAAGACAAGGUAAAGCAAUGUGUCGACGCAAGACUUGGAGGAGAUUACCCUUCUAAAGCUGUUGCAAAGAUGGCCGCUGUUGCUGCCUUGUGCGUGCAAUACGAGGCUGACUUCCGGCCAAAUAUGAGCAUUGUUGUCAAAGCUCUUCAGCCACUGCUAAAUGCACGACCUGGACACGGUGGUGAGACACCAAGCUCAUAACUCUCUCUCUCUCUCUCUCUUGUUGUUGUGGGCCUAUAUGUGUGUGUGGACAUGUUCACAUAUGCAUGCGAAAAUAUAUGACAAAGGGAUUGUCUUAAAAAGGCGGUUGUAAUUUGUUUAUUCUAGUUUUCAUGUGCUUCUAUAUGUACACUGUAUUAUCCCAUUUGUUCAUAAGGUGUGAGGUUGUCUCUUUUUUGCUUCCCUGUCACUACCAUACUUUAUGAUUUGAUAUUGAGAAUCAAUUUCUUUAUUCAUU